AUGAUUAAUACAAUUCAAGCUCAAUUUAUUGGUAGCAAUAAGGCUUUACCUACUUAUACAACUAUUGAAAGUCUCAACAAUCACUUUCCAAACCAAGAAUUAUAUAAUGUAUUAAAAAUUUUUGAUCCAGAGCAAUUGCCAAAAUUAGAUAGUGAAUUAUCUAAUUAUAGUAAUGAAAAAAUUAAAUUUCUUAGUGAUUUUUAUAGAACAGAAAAAAUA